UUAUUUGUUUUAUGCCCUUUUUGUCAUACAAAACUUGGAAUAUUUUCAGAAAUAAUAUUUUAAAGUGUAAUAUUUGAUGUGAAGUAAUUGGAGCCUUGAACUAGUCAAUAAUUCUUGAUUUUGAUUCCUUAAUAUUUAGAUAGUUUUACCCCAAAAAAUAUCCACACAAUGUUUUAAAAUUAAGUCACACAUUAUAAUUUUUUUCAUUAUUUUUUUGUAUUUUAUUUUUUGUUUGUUGUAUGCCCUUUUUGUCAUAGAAGUCUUUUGUUUUUAUUGGGAACAUACAAAAUAUACAACACGUCAAAGUGGAAUAAUUGAUGUGGAGUUUUAAAAAGUUCAAUAAUUCAUAACAUUGAUUUUGAUUCGUUAUCAUUUUUGUAGCAACGACAGCUUUAGAAUUAUUGGGGCUCCAAAAUAAUCCGACUCAUAAAACUGUUAAAAAUAUAUAUUUUUACCUUCAACACUUAACUCUCUUGAUCAACUUCAAAUUUAUCCGUCGAUUAUAAGUUUUUAUCAUCAUAUGUUGUUUUUUUAAUUUGUUUGUUUUAUGCCCUUUUUGUCAAAAACAAUUUAUUUUUAAUUGCAAACAAAUAUGCAGUAUUUUACAGGUAAUAUUAGAUGUGAAGUAAUUGGAGCAUUGAACCGGUCAAUAAUCCACUUCCAAAGACAUGCGCCUGGGGAUAGGUUGAUCGGCAACACUAAAUCGGCACUAGAGUGUAAAUGUUGUCCGUCUAUCUGUGUUGGCCCUGCGAUUAGUUAGCGACUUGUCCAGGGUGUACACCGCCUUCCGCCCGAUUAUAGCUGAGAUAGGCGCCAGCACUCCUCGCUACCCCGAAAGGGAAAAAUCGGUAGAAAAUUGAUGGAUGGAUGGAUUUUGAUUCAUUAAUAUUUAGAUAAGUGUAGAAAAAAAAAAAUUACAAAAAUUCCCAGGGAUCCAAAAGGGCCCCACCCAUAAAAGUGUUAAAAUUGAUUUAUACAUUCAAAUUAUUUUAUAAUUUAAAAAAAUAUAUAUUCUUUUGUUAGUUUUAUGCCCUUUUUGUCAUCAAAAACUUGAAAUAUUUUAUCAAAUAACAUUUAAGGUGGAAUAUUUGAUGUGAAGUAAUUAGAGCCUUAAAUAGGUCAAUAAUUCAUAACAACAUUGAUUUUUUUUUUUUCAUUUUUUAUAAUAACAGUUUUAAAGGAGAAAACAGCCUGCACAGCAGCUUUGAGUUAUUAGUGUCAACAAUGGAACUUUUGCUCGUUAUAUUUCACUUGUAUGCUCUUUUAUUCCACUUUAUGUAUUCUCAAGAAUUUUCAAGAAAAUUUAAAAUUUUCAAUAAAGUUAUCAACAUUUUUUUUCUUUGUGUUUUGUAAACACUUUUAGUUAAAACAGUUUCUUUAACUGUAACAAAUUAGUUCAUUGUUUUAUUUAUUUGCUUAAAGUAGCAGCAAAAUGGAGAACCAAGUUGACUUUUUAUGUUUAAGAUUAAUGUUUCAUUGUAUCCAUUUAACCGGGGGUGUACAAACUACGGCCCGUGGGUCAAAUGCGGCCUGCCAGCGUCUUCAAUUAGGCCUGCAAGACGUUAUGAGUCCAACAAAGCAUCGCACCGCAGAUUGCUUUCAAAUUAAUCCUAAAUACCAGGCAGUCUCUAAAUGCUACAUAUUUGUGGACAACGUCAAUCAAUCAAUAAAUGUUUAUUUAUAUACAGGGAUGGGAAUGAAGAUUUACAAAAUCAGCUGAACAUUUUUUAAUCCUAAAAGCUUUGUUGUAUUAGUCAACGUUGCAACUUUUUCUAAAUUACAUUAAGCCUUUAAGCUUUUUUAUUUCACUUUUGUUUAUGUUUUUGUUUUUUUUAAUAGUAUUUUUAGAAUGUGUCGUGGGUGUCAUGCCUGUAAUUCAGUUUUAAGUUUGAUCAUGUUUGUUUUGUUUUUGGACUCUUGUUUCCCGUUUUACACUUCCUGGUUUUGUUUGUUUCCAUAGUAACCCAUUAGUUUCCACCUGGUCUCCAAGUCACGCCCAACCCUCAGUCCCACACCGGUUUCUAAUCAUCAUAGCUGCUAUUUAUACCAUUCUGUUUUUGUCCUCAUCCUGCGAACUUUGCUAUUUGCCUUCAUUGCAUUGCCUACCUAUGCUGCUCAUUCUCCAUGCCCACGAUCACCUGCCACGCACCUUGCUAUUCUUGCCUCCUGUUUUUGUGUUCACAGAAAUGGUGUGCCCUUGCAAUGCUGACUUGGCAGCUGGAGCAUCCUGGUGGUCCUCCUCCUCCUCCUCCUUCAGUUGCAUCCCUCAAUUCAACUGUGCGCCGGGAAAAAAGAUGCUAUCGUGAUGGUACAAUGGGACACAACAACCCUUUUGACGCAUGAAGGAUUUUAAAGUAUUUUUGUUGUUUUUAAUUGCAGCGAAAGAACAACUGCUGUUUCUUUUUCCUCCCCAUCAUGAGACGUGAGCCAAGGAUGCGCGCCGGGGGCCAGUUUGUUGUGGUCGUCAGUGAUACGAGGACCAGCAAGAUCUCAGCAUGAGUUAUUUGGGGCAAGAAAAGUGAUAUCCAUGUACUUGAGGACCCCCGGGGGAGGACCAUGGCAAAGAGGAAAGGACUGUUACUGUCUCUGCUCUCCUUGAUAGCAGAGUUCUGGCUCAGUUGGCAGCAGGUCUUGAGGAUUGGUGGCAUCUUCGAGACGCUGGAGAACGAGCCAAUCGGUGUGGAGGAGCUGGCCUUUAAAUUUGCAGUGACCAACAUCAACCGGAACCGGACCUUAAUGCCAAACACCACGUUGACUUACGACAUCCAGAGAAUAAACCUGUUUGACAGCUUCGAGGCGUCCAGGAGAGCCUGCGACCAGUUGGCGCUGGGUGUGGGGGCCGUGUUCGGGCCCUCGCACAGCUCGUCAGUGAGCGCCGUCCAGUCCAUCUGCAACGCCCUGGAGGUCCCCCACAUCCAGACCCGCUGGAAGCAUCCGUCGGUGGACAACAGGGACAGCUUCUACAUCAACCUCUACCCAGAGUACACCUCCUUGAGUCGAGCGGUGUUGGACAUAGUGCAGUACUACAAGUGGAAAAUGGUCACCGUGGUCUAUGAGGACGCCACGGGUCUGAUUCGCCUGCAAGAGCUGAUCAAAGCGCCGUCCAGGUACAGCAUCAAGAUCAAGAUCCGCCAGCUGCCGAUGGGAAGCAAAGACGCGCGGCCGCUCCUGAAGGAGAUGAAGAAGGGCAAGGAGUUCUACGUCAUCUUCGACUGCUCCUAUCAGACCUCGGCUGACGUGCUCAAGCAGAUCCUGUCCAUGGGGAUGAUGACGGAAUAUUAUCACUUCUUCUUCACCACUCUGGACUUGUUUGCGCUGGACCUGGAGCCGUACCGCUACAGCGGCGUCAACAUGACAGGCUUCCGGCUGCUCAACAUCGACAACCCCCAGGUGGCCUCGGUGGUGGAGCGCUGGUCCAUGGAGCGACUGCAGGCUCCUUCCAAGGCUGAGACGGGAAUGAUGGAGGGCAUGAUGACGACGGAGGCGUCGCUGAUGUACGACGCCGUCUACAUGGUGGCGGCGGCCUCGCAACGGGCCGCCCAGAUCACCGUCAGCUCGCUCCAGUGUCACCGCCACAAGCCCUGGCGCUUCGGAGCACGCUUCAUGAACAUGCUGAGAGACGCCCAGUGGAACGGCUUAACGGGACAAAUAAUCAUCAACAAGACUGACGGCCUACGGAAAGAUUUUGAUUUGGACGUGAUCAGCCUCAAGGAGGACGGCUUGGAGAAGAUAAUCGCGGGCAACAAUCGCCUGAAUAAAGUGUGGAAAAAGAUUGGCGUGUGGAACUCCCAAACCGGCCUUAAUUUAACAGAGAACAACAAGGACAAGUCCACCAACGUGACCGACUCCAUGGCCAACAGGACCCUCAUCGUCACCACUAUUCUGGAAAACCCUUACGUGAUGUACAAGAAGUCUGAUAAGCCGCUGUAUGGAAACGACCGUUUCGAGGGCUACUGCUUGGACCUCCUCAAGGAGCUCUCCAACAUCCUGGGCUUCUCAUACGAAGUCAAGCUGGUGUCAGACGGCAAAUACGGCGCCCAGAACGACAAAGGGGAGUGGAAUGGCAUGGUGCGGGAGCUAAUUGACCACGUGGCCGAUCUGGCGGUGGCUCCCCUCACCAUCACCUACGUCCGGGAGAAGGUGAUAGAUUUCUCCAAGCCCUUCAUGACUCUGGGAAUCAGUAUACUCUACCACAAACCCAACGGCACCAAUCCGGGGGUUUUCUCUUUCCUCAACCCGCUGUCCCCUGACAUAUGGAUGUACGUGUUGCUGGCUUGCCUGGGUGUGAGCUGUGUGCUCUUUGUCAUCGCCAGGUUCACUCCCUAUGAGUGGUACAACCCUCACCCCUGCAACCCGGACUCAGACGUGGUCGAGAACAAUUUCACACUCAUAAACAGCGUGUGGUUUGGCGUCGGAGCACUCAUGCAGCAAGGGUCUGAAUUGAUGCCCAAGGCCCUUUCCACGAGGAUUGUCGGUGGAAUCUGGUGGUUCUUUACACUGAUCAUCAUAUCGUCCUACACUGCAAACUUGGCUGCCUUUCUCACCGUGGAGAGGAUGGACUCGCCCAUCGACUCCGCCGACGACUUGGCCAAGCAAACCAAAAUAGAGUAUGGCGCCGUAAGAGACGGCUCCACUAUGACUUUCUUUAAGAAAUCCAAGAUCUCCACCUACGAGAAGAUGUGGGCCUUCAUGAGCAGCAGAAAAAACACCGCCUUGGUGAAGAACAACCGUGAGGGGAUCCAGCGGGUCCUCACCACCGACUACGCCCUGCUGAUGGAGUCCACGAGUAUCGAGUACAUCAGCCAACGCAACUGCAACCUCACGCAGAUCGGAGGUCUAAUAGACUCAAAGGGCUACGGCGUGGGCACUCCGAUUGGUUCCCCUUACAGAGACAAAGUGACCAUCGCCAUCCUGCAACUCCAGGAAGAAGGCAAGCUGCACAUGAUGAAGGAGAAAUGGUGGCGGGGCAACGGCUGUCCCGAGGAGGACAGCAAAGAGGCCAGCGCUCUGGGCGUGGAGAACAUCGGGGGCAUCUUCAUCGUGCUGGCGGCCGGACUCGUCCUUUCCGUUUUCGUCGCCAUCGGAGAGUUUAUCUACAAGUCCCGGAAAAACCUGGACCUCGAGGAGGUCAGCGUGGGCCAGUGCGAGUGGCACAACAAGUAUUAACGCGCGACAUUUGGGGACGCGCCAAUGCAACAGGAGUUUUGAGCGAUUCUACAGGAAACCGUGUGAGACUGCAUUGUUACAAUCAGGACUGUUGAGUUUAGUGUUUGCAUUAGUUUUGAUGUAGAGCUCAUGGAUCUGAAGGCAUGAAAACCCUUUUGGCAUCACGAUGCUUGACCAGGGCCUUUCUGUUCUACAGGAAGAAAUGUGUCAUUCCUGAUUUUGUAGGCAUUCACACUCUUCCACCUGAUCAUGUAUUUGACAUUUACCCACCAUUACUCUUUCCAAAUGUGUUGUAUUUAUCGGGGUACUUUGUGUUGAAUUUAAAAAAAAAAUUUUUUGAGCAUGUCGGUGUCUCAUCAGCAUUGCUUCAUCAAUGAGGAAAACAAAGUUAGGUAAGAAGAUUACAUCCUUUCAACCCUUUUA